AUGUUCGAGAGCCAGGAAUUCGACGAGAUGCGCCUUGGGCGGUUCUUGCAGGAAAAUCUCUCGGAAAUCAAUAACGACAUCGGGGUGAGCGUCUUUGAUAACAUCGCGGGCCACAUUCGUCUCCGCCACCGAGAGGAUAGCGAGUGGAUGCGCCAUUAUGGUGUAGAUCUGGGAUGUGAGACUUUCGACCUAGGAACGAGGCAGCCACUUCCCGGCUAUGCUAACAAACAAGGUGCGGCCGUCCACCGUGCAGAGAAGAUUGACAGCUAUGAGGCCCGUCAGCCAAGUGCAUUGGAAUAUUUAAGAGCGCUGCCCAGUUCCGUACAUGUAGCUUCAGCAAUUGAAUCCUUCAACACUCGAUUAUAUUCGCAUUUACGUGUUUACGUGCUCUCCGUGCCCAUGAAUUCAUUAACGUACUCAGACGUCAAGGUGGCCGCCCCGGAAAAGCUGAUCAGCGACGAGGAGCAGUUGGCUUCCCUCGGCCACGUCCAGGAACUUCGUAGAGAGUUUUCCUUGUGGUCUAUUGUAUGCCUCCAGAUAUCCUUGAUGGCCACCUGGGAGGCUCUCUCCUCGGUUGUGUCCACCGCCCUGACCAACGGGGGAGCACCAUGUCUAUUCUAUAACUAUAUCAUUGCCUUUAUCGGCACAAUAUUCGUUGUUCUCUCUCUCGGGGAGAUUGCUUCAAUAUAUCCAACAGCAGGAGGUCAAUAUCACUGGGUCUAUUGUCUUGCGCCUGAGUCGUAUCGGGCCACUGCAUCUUGGUUCACUGGUUGGAUCUCCGUUGGGGGUCAAAUUGUGUUCACUGCAUCUGCGGCGUUUGCAGCCGGUCUCCAGUUGCAGGCCUUGGUGACAAUGAACCACCUUGAUACCUAUGUUCCAACGCGAUGGCAAGGAAUGCUAUUCUAUUGGAUGAUCUUAGCUUACUCGGCUGCUGUCAAUAUCUUUGGAUCCAAAGUCCUCCCACAUACAAACACUGCAGCUGGAAUACUUCAUAUGGUGGGGUUUAUCGCGGUCGUGGGCGUGCUAGGGGCAAUGUCAUCCAAGCACUCUGCGACCUACGUCUUCACAGAGUUUUCGAACAGCAGUGGUUGGGAAAAUGACGGGGUCUCCUGGUUAGUCGGACUGUUGAGCGCGGUGUAUCCUUUUCUUGGCUACGAUGCAGCCUGUCAUCUUAGUGAAGAACUUCCCAAGCCAUCACGGAAUGUGCCCUUAGCUAUGAUGGGAAGUGUUGCCAUCAACGGCCUAAUGGGUUUGGCAUAUGCAAUUGUGCUAUUGUUUGGGCUAGGGGAUCUCAAGACUCUUCUUGCAUCUAAGAUCGGUUUUCCGUUCAUGCAGCUCUUCCUGAAUGUCACCCAUUCGCCGGCAGGGGCAUCGAUUCUUUCGAUCAUUGUUUCUCUGAUUGCCAUGGCGGCCAAUGCCGCUGGCACGACUUCAACCAGUCGUACGGCAUGGGCAUUUGCACGCGACCGUGGCUUGCCGAGCUCCACAUUUUUGUCGGUAGUCAACCCGACUCUGAAGGUGCCCGUUCGAAUGGUGUUGGUCGUUGUAUUUCUGCAGAUGCUCCUAGGCCUAAUCUACCUGGGUAGCUCCACAGCCUUCAAUGCCGUGCUCUCCAUGGCCAUUCUAGGCAUGUAUGCGUCCUAUCUCACACCUAUCCUGUUCAUGUUCAUCUAUCGUCGACGAACCUCGAACUCCAUUGUGUGUGCUACAACGGGAACUGGCGCGUUUAAUAUGGGACCACGAUGGGGGCCUACGGUGAAUGUGGUAGCCAUGAUGUGGUUGAUACUGGCGAUGAUAUUUAGCACAUUCCCGACUGUGAUACCGGUGACGCCCGAAAAUAUGAACUACUGCGUGGUAGUGACCACGGCUUGGGUUGUUCUUGGUGCAGUGUAUUAUUAUCUGUUCAGCGGGAAGAGGCGGUUCACUGGUCCCGUGGUCGAAGUAGUCGAAGAGUAA